AUGUCAACAUCAAAAACCAACUUAUUAACACGCGGUCAAGCCAUAUGCCUAGUACUUGAUAUGGUGCCCACUGUUGACAAUCGAGAGAAAGGAAAUGAAAUAAUCGACAACACAUCCUUUUGCCAUGGGGAAGUCGAUUAUUCAGAAGAAUCCGUUCACAUACAAGAUUUAUCCCAGGCACCACCUACCAGUCCAACGUUACAACCAACCAAUACUGUGGCCAGUAACGAAAGCAGCGAUUUCAACAACGACAGUAACAACAACAAUAAUGUCGAUAGCGACUCAAGCAUCGAUAAUUCAAAUGUCUACAGCCUUCAAAGUAUAUUAUCGAUUACCAAGUCAAUGUUUUUCAAAGAUGCUGAAAAUGAAGAUCUCUUUGACUAUGCCUUUUACACGACAAUGGACAUGUAUAACAACGUCGCCAAGCAACUGCCACAACUUACCAAGUUUAUGAAUGGAUCAAAAUUUGGAAGACUUAUCAAAGACGAAGACUUUGGCAAACGGAUUUCAAAACGUGUCGAGGGAAAGAGUAUCAAAGGAAGAAUACUAUACAAGCUGAAGAACAAUGCAAUCGGAAGCUUGGUGGAAACAACGUCUGCCUUUCGCAUAGAAAUCAGUAACGAUGGUAGCAAUUGGAUAAAUGUUGGAUAUGUCAGGAAAUCCCCAGGCUCUGAAAGCGUGGCAACACGACAAGCACUCCUCGAAGCAAUGAUAAUGAAGUUAAGGAACCGAUGUCUCUGUCGUUUUAUCUUCGCCUCUACCAGUUCAACAUCAUCUUCACCGAUCUUGGAAAGAGAUUUCUUGCAGGGUAACACUACCAACAGCAACAAAACCGUCAAGGCAACAAACCUAGCACAUUGCGAUGGAGAUACUCAGGCUAUGAUAGACUUCAUUGGACAUUCAAUGAAAAAGGUCCGGCUUUGUGUGAUUUCAUACGCUGGUUUAUCAAACAAUCCUGGCGACGUUAUCAAAUUACUAAAGAGCUGUAAGAUGAUCAAAUCAAUCAUAGUGGAUCAUGGCAGCCAUAUAGAGUCACUCAGCAGUUUACUUUAUGUUCGUAAGUAA